AGGAUGGAGAACCCUUAUAAGGGCUCGCUGGUUAGAGGCUGCUUCUUGAAUUGAAUGGGUGAUGGUGGUGGUGGAUGGGUGCAUCGUCUCCUUCCUUGGGUGAUAGCAACAAUUUCAAACUUCAUGAAGGGUUUGAUGAGCUGAAGAGUUUGGGAACCUCACUUCUAAAUCGUCCAUAGUCUGCCAUGGCACAUGGUUUAUUUAUUUGUAUCCCACCCUUAUUAUUUUUACAAAUAACUCAAGGCGGUGAACGUAUCCAAAACUCCUUCCUCUUCCAGUUUUGCCCACAACAACAACCCUCUAAGCAGAGUGAUCAGUAUUAUCGGAAGAGUUCCCUUAAUGAACUGGAAACGCCUCUGAUUAGCUGCAAAGACAUCAUUCGGGCCCAGGAUGACUGGGAUGUGGAAGAGUUUAUCUCAAAAACCUGCAUGGGCAGGUUCCUGCAUCAUCCAGCUUUCAAGAUUCUGUUAGCGACUCUUGUAAUUGGCAACGCCAUCGUCAUUGCUCUCCGAACAGAGCCAACACUAGAAGAGAAGUACUUUGGCUUAUUCUCUGCCAUUGACACGAUUGUGCUGUCUUUUCUGAUCUGUGAGGUCAUUCUCAACUGGUACUAUGGAUUCUGUUUGUACUGGAAGGAUGGCUGGAAUAUCAUCAAUUUUUGUAUUGUUUUGUACCUAUGCAUCGGUUUGAUCAUUCCUCUAUUGGAGAAUGAGACAGUUUUUCGAAUGGUCAGAGUCAUGAGGCUGAUACAAGUGUGUAGCUUGGUUAGUGGCCUGGCAAGAAUGAUCCAGGUGAUCUUGCAGUCCAUUCCUGACAUGGCAAAUAUCAUGAUCCUACUUUUUGCCAUCAUGCUGGUCUUCUCUGUGUUUGGAGUGACUCUCUUUGGCACCCUUGUUCCAAAGCAUUUUGGGAACCUGGGAACGGCUCUUUAUUCCCUUUUCAUCUGCGUCACCCAGGAUGGAUGGAUUAAUAUUUAUAAUGACUUUGAACAUGAAGGUAAAGCCUUAGAGAUAGGUGGGGCCCUCUACUUUUUUAUCUUCAUCACUUUUGGGGCCUUCAUCUUUGCAAAUCUGCUGGUGGCUGUGGUGACAACCAACUUGGAACAAUCUAUGGCCGCGUAUCAUGAGAAGAAGCAAUUGAAAACCAAUUUUCCUUCCCUUGGAGGCUUUGCUGGAUUUGAUGAUGGCACCGAUGAUGACUUCACUGCAUCCCAGUCAGAAGCGGUGCAUAUAAAGGAAGUUAUUCAGGGAACACCCAUGGUCCAUCAUCAGGAGUUGCUCAGCUUUGGCAAUUUGGCCAACUUGAAUGAGACAACUUGUGAAGAUCUCUGCCUUGUCUUGGAAGCGAUCCAUGAGAACUUAAAGGAAUAUCAAAUGAUCAGGGAUGAAUUGGACCAAAUAGUCCAGGAGGUGAGGUCCCUCAAAUUCAAUGUAGAUCAGGAGCAGGAGAUUGUGCUUCGAAACAUCCGUGGGGCAAACAUUUCAGAAACAAUGAUUGCCAACAAUACAAUUUAUGCAAAGACUGGUGAUGUUCUGUCUACGCUGAUGAACCUGGAGAAGUCACACUUACUUGAUAGAGAGUACCAGAAAGGAGAGAUAAAAUCAGCAGCCAUGAGAGCCUUGCGACAAUCUGCACUGGACGAAUCUACAACGGGACGCCGACAAACUUUGCCAGCAAAAUUCGACAAACAACAGAGGAACUCGAUGCCAGGAAGCUAUCCAGAAAAGGUCCAGAUUCGUCGAACAACUUUGCCUGCAGGAAUGACUCAACGAGAUACCUUGCAGUCAAACGUGACUGAAAGUUCUAUGGAUUCUGGCCAAAACAAUGAAAUGAGUGCACCUCCUCCAUCUAGAGCAUCUACAGAUCAAAGCCAGAGAUACCCAGACAGCCUGUCUGGAAGUAGUGAAGACAAGAAUCAGUACAGGAAGAAUCACUAGCAAGCAAUCCAGACCAGAAGCACUGAGUGACCCAGUAUCCUGGAAAAACUGGUGUUUGAGAAGAGAUACAUCUUUAAUGAAGACCUCAAUUUAUUGUAUUAUUUCAGUUUCAUUUAAUUGCUGUGCUCUGAUUUAUCUGACUAACUUGCAAAUUGCCUUAACAGCUAAAGAUAUAUU